CAAUUCCUGAAACUUAUGGUGGAUGUCAAAAAGGAUAUGAACAUGUCUGCAGAAAAAGCUAUUGAGAAAAGAAUUUUGGAGCUGAAUGCCUCUACAGAGAAUCGAAUCAAAGACAUUUCAGAAACUCUUAGUGUCCGGCUUAACGAGUCGACUGAGAAUCGGCUUCAGGAUGUGUUUCAGGAGCAAAGUAAAAUGUCUGACAAAGUGAAGACAGUGCAGGAUGAGUUCCAACAACACAAGCAGGUGACUGAGCAAGCGGUCGCUGAGGGAGAACGACAGUUGAAAGAAGAUAUCAGGAAUAUAAGCAGUGAUCUCAACAAAACCUUGGAUCGCGUUUACAAUGAAACUUCGAAGAAAUUCGCAGAAGCUGAGGAAAAACGAGAGUUGGUGUACAGCGUCAUAAAACAUUUGAACUUCAUGAGAGCUGAUAGCUGGGGCAUGCUUGUGAUCCUCAUGGGGGCGAUGGAAGUUAUUCUGUAUUUUUAUAUCUGCAUCUUUCUUAAUAAUCGAAGGCCAAGAUCCACGGAUGCAAGACCUUCUGUUCCGGUGGCGCCUCCUGCUCGAGUAGACACGGGAGACAACGACACUCUGUGCAUCGUUUACUUCGUUGAGCGAGACCUCCGUCAGCUCAGGAGGUGGAUGAACGAGAUCAUCGAAGAAACUCGAGCCAUUCAGCGCAUGCGCACCAUGAAUUAUGUGAUCGCAUCACGUGAUGACAUCCGGGACAUCCCCACGUGUCGAUUGGCUCUGGUUUUUGUGAACCCGGAUGAACGGCAGCUGAUCUUGGAGGAUGACUUUCACAUGGGAAGCACUCGGCGGGACACAGUGCAGGCACUUCAUCAUAGGGGAGCGGAGGUCAUUCUGAUCGUGUACGGUGACCCAACGUCCAGGAUACGCGUCCUUCAAGAUGGAAGCCUCUUCGACCCGUCUCUGACACAAGUGACGUCACAUCCUGUGCUGAAGGACUUGAACUCCAGGAAUAGGAUACUAAGUGUGAAGGAGUCAUUCAGUGCACAUCAGAAGCGGCAUCUGGUGGCUACUAUUGACCAGAUUUUUGCCUGAACUUAUUAACGUGUAGGUAAAGCAGGUAGAGGACACAACAGAAUAUAUCACAAGACAGGAAGUGAUGUCAACAGUUAUCACACUCAGCGAAAGAAUAGGUUGUCAGAAACGAUCUGUAUAAAGCAGAGGAAUGGAGAGAGUGUGUCUGUGUGUUAGCGCGUGCAUGUGAGUGGUCAUGCAUGUGUAUGCAUUGUGUGUACAGUAAGCGGAAGUAUGUUCAGAUUGUACAACUCGACUUCAUAGAGACAACUUGAGGUCUGUGCAGAAUGUAUCAUCAAUGACCUAUGACCUACCCAAAAGUCUGUGAGAACUGGACCGUUUGUGUUCUUGAAGUUACCUAAAGUUAUAAGGAUUAUACAACUGCCUUCUUGGAACUACUGCUAGUGUGUUCAGACUUUUAUUUACUAUGAAAUUUGUGUAGCUUCCCAUAAUGAUUUGUGAACAAAAUAUAUAAAAAGAAGCCUUUUUGCUCCACUUUGUUUUUCUGGGUAAUUUCUUCCUAGCUAAAAACCUACCGCAUCUUCUGGACAACAUUCUUGUUGAUUUUGUUUGUGUAGUCUGGUUCGAAAUAAAUGUUUCAUUUACCUGA